ACGGUUCACUUGGAAAGCAGUUUGGGUUGAACAACUUGUCCUACCAGACAGCUGGCUUCUGCCAAGCUUCUCCUUUAACUGAAUUUCUUGCCAAUCUGUGAACUACUAGAUCUGUGGCCUUUGAAUCACAAAGCACAACUUGCUAAUGCCUAUAACGAACUCGGGAAGGAGCUCUCCUCGAGCAAGAUCAGGGUAGUCGGAAACUACCGUACCCUUGGAAAGGUCAUCGGUGAGGGUAUGGCGUACGGCAAGGUUCGCUUGGGCACUCACCGUCUCACCUCUACCAGAGUCGCCAUAAAACAAAUACCAAAGGCAAUGUCUGCCUCCCUCACCCGCGAAAUACACCACCACCGCCGACUUCGCCACCCUCGUGUCACUCAGAUGUAUGAAAUCAUUGCCACCGAAUCUCACAUCUGGAUCGUCACAGAACUCUGUUGUGGUGGCGAGCUGUUUGAUCAUCUUGCUGAGAAAGGUCGCUGGUCCGAACACGAAUCCAGUAUCAUUUCCGGUCAGCUCGUGCUUGCAGUUGCAUAUCUCCACGAGAAGGGCAUCGUCCACCGAGAUCUGAAGCUUGAAAAUGUCUUACUUGAUGAGCGCUGUCGCGUCAAACUUGGCGACUUUGGCUUUACUCGCGAGUAUGAUCAUGACGUCUAUAUGGAGACUUUUUGCGGUACUACCGGAUAUGCGGCCCCUGAGAUGUUUCAAGGCAAGCGUUACCUCAGCCCAGAGGUUGAUGUUUGGUCCAUGGGUGUGAUUCUCUACUGUCUUCUAGCUGGCACACUUCCGUUUGAUGAUGAUGACGAAGCGGUCAUGAAAGACAAGGUCAUUCAAGGCAAAUAUGAAGACCCUGAAUGGCUCUCCACAGACGCCUGUGAUCUGAUCCGCAGCAUUCUCGAGGUUGACCCUGCCAAGCGUCUGACGAUCCAACAAAUUCUGGCCUCUCCUCCCGCCCGCCUCUGACCAAGUCAUCCUUGGUGUCAAUAAUGUUCCUGCAUCCCCAUCACCUGUCCGCGAUACCUUUAUUCUCCCUGUGAAAUCUGUCGUGAACACCCAAACACAGGACGCUUUCGAUACUCAGGGAAACGGUAGCCAAACCACGAUUACGGCCGCUGCUCGGCGUUCUCAGCAUCUCAGCAAAGAUAGUAUGACUCGGCAGCCUGACACCGUCAUCGAAGAGGAGCCUGAAUCAGAGAACGUUGUACCAUCCUCUGCAGGGUCGACUACAAACCUCGAUCAGACCCCUAAGG